CCGUGCACGUCAAAUUUGGACAACAACCCCCCCUUCUUUAAACUGGUUUCAGUAAUUGAUACCGUUUCCGAAGAAAACACGCGAAAUAUCUGCGUGAUAUUCGGCUGUAAAUUAAAAGUCAGCGCAGAACCGGUGGUGACGGAUGGGCUCUGAAACGCCUUCAGACAUCAUAUAAACUAAAGAGUGCAGAAGCGGCGUGCUCCUGUGUAAGAGGAUGCUGCGCAUGUCUGCCAUCAACAAACCCAAGGCUGUGAAGAAUGGCUGGUGCAGGUGUUGGCAGAAAUGUCAGAAAGCUAGCUAGACUAGUUAUGUUGGUUGGGGGGGAAGUCCACUCAAACCCGUUUUUCACAGAAUUGUGAGAAUCUUCUGUUUGUGCCGAGUUUGGAGGACUUUUUUAUCGCAGAUUAUACAGAAAUUAAAGAACUAAGAAGCCGAUGGACUACAGAGAGAAAGUGCUGUGUGGGACUGGGGAGGUGGAGCUCGACCCAAACAUCGUGAGUGAGGAGGCAGGAAAACUUUAUGCAGAACUUCAAACUGUUAUUGAGACCCAUGGGGAAGGUGUGGUGGAGUCUCUGGUGCCCACAUUCGUGUGGGUCCUGGAGGGGCUGGCUAACUGCAAAGCCCAGCUGAGAGAACGGGAGGAGGAGGCGGAGAGGGAGAAAGCCGAGCGAGAGGAGCUGCUGGAGAGAUACCAAGCAGAGAAAACUCUGAGGAAAGAAAGUCAGGAGAAAUAUCUAGAACUGGAUGACCAAUUCGAACAAGAGAGGAGAGCCAUGAGAGGAAGGGAAAAGGAGAGGGAGCUGCGGGAGAGGGAUCUGGAGAAGAAAGCAAGACAACAAGCUGAUCAAUUGGUGGCCUUGGAGGAGCAAAAGGCAAAUCUUUCCAGAGAGCUGAGUACACUGAGAAACACCCACAACAAGUUGAAUAACUCGUAUCGAGAACUUCUGGAAAAAAGGAAAGACUCUGAGAGGGAUUCUCCUUUAAGGAAUCAUGUGCGACCCAAGAACACAGACUUUCCAUCUCAACAAUUGUUAUCUGCAUCCAGUGUUAAUGAAAAACAGAUAAUUCAGAGACCACAUUCAAACUCUGGCCCACCAGCUUUGGAAGCUCUAGAAACGGAGGCAGAGAAGACGAUUGAUAUUGCUGUAAAACCUGCCACGGAUCCGUUCGUCGUCAACAUCAUAAGCUCCACACCUGAGCUGACACAGUUUCACAGCUGUGUAAAAGCAAGCACCCCUGACAAAUCUAAAGCUGACGAGCCACUAAAAGAUGAAUUGGGGGGGAGACUGGAGGACGAGAUGAGGAAGUUGGAUGAGGUUCAAGUGGAAGAGGUAAAGGGAGAUGAGACGGAGGAAAAAAACCACAAGGAGGAGGAGAGAGAGGACGAUGCGGAUGAAGAUGACAGCAUGGAGUGGGACCUCCGCAACACAGACUCGGUAUUCUCCGAAUUGUCAGAACUGAGUCGGGAUUAUUUGGAGAGCGUAGACCAAGGGGCCAGCAUUAGAGGCAGCACAGACCAGUUUGAGGAGAUUCUGGCCCAGUUUGAGGAACUGAAAGUCCUCCAUGAGGUAGUCGAAGCUGCUCGUAAGGCUCUGAUAUAUCGGGUAGUCGAGUUGACCGACGAUCGCUCUGCCCUCACCCUGGAGGUGGCGACUCUUCAGGAAACUGUGGCACAUGUAGAGGGACGGCUGAAGGAAAAGGAGGAGGAAAUCAAGAGACUGCGGAGAGAACUAGAAACGUGCCAGCCUGAGGAUCCUGAUGCUGGUCUGCCCACAUCCAUGCGUCCUUUCUCUCGUUCUGAAAUGGCCCGUGUGGUCAUGGAGAAGAACCAGUAUAAGCAGCGUCUGUUUGAGCUGCAGGAGGCCCUGAGACACAGCCAGGCACUCAGAGCAACAAAGGUGGAGAGAUUUACAGAGGAAAAAAGAUCAAGUGUUUGGAAAAAAUUCAACCGCUUGUUUGGCCUGUCCAAGGAGCCACUGGUACCUCCUCCCACUUCUGCAUCGGUCUUGCCAGCUUCCUCAUCAUAUAACCGCUCCCCUCAAGGGUCUCCACAGCAACCAACAAUUGGCAAAACCCAGGCUGAAUCCACUGCUCCUGCUGGUGUUUCACCGCGUGUCCGGAGGAGGGAACUCUACAGAGACAUCCGCUCCCAUGUUUGGGGAACUCUAGGGAAGCGACAGAUACACGGCUGGAGCUUGCCUUUGGCAAACACUCAGGAGUCUGGAGAGCCUGUACCAGAGCCUAAAGACGUGCCUGUUCUGGUUCAACUCAGACUCUUAGACCAAAGGGACUCCACUGCCAAGCUCAACUGUGCUGUGUCAGUCACACCUGAGAUCUCAGGGGAAGCCACAUGUUCUGUGUGGGUUGUUUCGGGUCCUGCUUCCUGCAGUGAAAUCACAGUGAUUGACCCAGCACGGUCCAACACAGUACUGGAUCAGUUCAGCCUCCCUCCCACAGCCCCUGCCCUCUGCAUCUGUGCUGUGCCCCCCAUAGAAAACUCACCAGGAACUGUGUGGAUUGGAACUCAGGAAGGAAGUAUCCUAAUCCAUCCAGCCUCUGCAGGAAGGAGGCGCUGUGUGCAGUCAGUAUGUCUCUCAGAGGGUGUCCACUCACUUAUGUACUCCAACAAUCAGGUUAUUGCUGGUUUAGCUGAUGGUACCCUGGCAUUUUUCUCUCAAACUUCAGAUGGCUGGAAUCUGCAAUCGCACUCUGUGAUGCCCCUCGGAGUAAACCCUUUGCAGCCCAUUCGCUGCUGCCUUGUAAAAGGUGCUCGUCUGUGGGUUGGAUACUGGAACAAAGUCCAUAUUGUAGAUACUGAAAAUAAGAAAGUAGAGCAAGUAUUUUCCGUAUCAGAGCGCAGUGAACAGCAGGUCCGUUUCCUGUGCGCUGGGGGGAGUGGGGUUUGGACGUCCUGCAGACUUGACCCAAUCAUCAGGCUGUUCGACUGGUCCACCGGGCGGCCGCUGCAAGAAGUCGACUUCACAUCUUUGGUCACUAAAACAUUAGGUCAGCCGUACUUGACGCUCUCACCUCUCCAGAUCUCCUCCCUCUCCAUCAUCUCUGGCCGUCUGUGGGUGGGCACCGGGGGUGGUGCCAUUUUCUCCAUCCCCCUGUCAAUAACAUCAGAGGAUAUUUCCAUCCCAUACUGCUCUGCCUCGUCAGUCCAGCUGUCAUACCAUGGACACAGACAAGCAGUACGAUUCCUCAUUGCUGCACCUGGCUGUUUGAUCACCUCUCCUGGCAGCAGCCAUGUAACUACUGCUCAGCUCAUCCUCAGUGGAGGAGAGGGCUACAUUAACUUCCGAAUAGGAGAUGAUGCUAGCGAUGAAUCGACUGAGGCGUCUCAGACGACGCCCCAGCGGUCUGAGCGCAGUCACAUGAUCAUCUGGCAGAUUCCCGCGCCGUCUGUGCCCAGCCCUGCGCUCUGACUCUUCGUCUACUAAAUCGGUGCUUGUGGCACGACUUGAAUCAAACAUUUACAGCACCAGAAGGAAAUAUGGUGCUCUGAAAUGAACAAAAAUCUCGUUGUGGCAACAGUAAAAGCCUUAAGGAUGGGAUUUUUUUUAAACUAUGAUUGUUUGUUAUUUUUAUAUAUAUUUCUAAAUGAUUUACAUUUGACUGGAUUAUUAUGAUGUCUUCCUAUGUGCCCCUCAUCUGGUGUAUCCAACCAUGCCUUAUUUUUGGUCAGCUCAUUACUUUUUAACUGUCUGAUGGACUUUUGCAUAAGCAAUGAAUCCAGCUUUUUUUCUGGUUCUUCAUAAGAGAACAAUCUUCCAUCCUUGGAUCAUAAAGGUGAAAUUAACUCUAUCUGGUUGCUGUUAAAGCUGCUGUGUCCGUAACUUUAUUGUGAUAAUGAAAACGGGUUGUUUCUUUUUCUUUAAGCGUAAAGGCAAUCACUUCAUAACCUUUGGAUGCUGCAUUCAAACUGUUGGAUGUGCGGUGUUAUGUAUAUAUGUUUUGGAAUAAGUAUUAUCUCAAAUCCCAGCACUCUUGGGUCCUGCUGGAGUAAUUGCAGCAACUUGCACAUAAUAAGUGUGUCUAUGUAAAAGAUCCUCUCAAAUCUCUUUAUGAAAAUUAUUGAUUUUUUUUCAGUUGUUUGUCUUGUGAAUCAAAGUGUUUCAUGUCUUAAUUAGAUGUUUGAGUAUAUGUAAAAUAAGGGAGAGAUGUUGUUUACCGUGUACAGUUAAAGCCUUUUAUUUGUCUUGGAAAGACUAAAGUAUUUGUUCUCAAUAAACCGUAUGCAGUCUAUUGUCAUUAAAUGCCCUCUGUGAAAUGGCUACCCUGUGUUAUUAAAGGUAUGUGAAUAAAUAGAUGAAAAGAAAUUUAAACAUUC